GAACAUUCAUUAUUUAUUCAAUACUCUGCCUUUAUACAACACUACUCAUCCCAGGAACCUUAGAAAAAAGAGCUGAUAUAUAACUACUCAAAGCCAAAACAAGAAGAGAACUUGACUGUGGAAGGAGCAAUCAGAUAUGCCGGAGUCUCCAUCUGUCGGCACUUGUUGCCAUAGUGUUCAGUGAAUAGUGUCUGAGACAUUUACAAGAAGAAGCAGUGGAGGAACAGAGCUCAUCUAAUCUGUGGGAAACUAAUACAGACUCUGGACUGAAGUCUUUCUUUCAUGUUUCCUGUCAUUAUAAUAUAGGUUGAACUGACACACUUAGUUGCCUGUUCUCUGAAUUUAAAGCAUGGCAAAGAAAAAGAAAAGCCGCUUAGCAGUCUUAAUGGAAGAUGUUGGAAUUGAAAUUGAUGGGAAGGUAGAAAGUGACACUGAAACGGAAGAUGAUGAUGAUGAUGAUGAAGAGGAAGAUGAUGAACCAAAGAAAUCAACAGCAAAUAACAGAAAGAAUAAAACAAAACGACCGAUACAGAAAGGAAGAAAAUUCAGACAUGAAGAUUCUGAUAUUGAGAAUGAAGAGGAAGAAGAGGAUGAUGAUCCCAGACAGACAAGAACAAGAAGGAAGAAAUGUAUUAAAGGAGAGGACAGUGAUAAUGACGAAAAAUCAAAACAAGAGGGUGAAAGUGAAAAAAGUAAAAGAAACAACAAAAAAGGAGCAAAUAAAAAGGGAAAAGGAAAAGAUAAAAAAGGAGAUGGCAAAAAGAAGAAGAAGAAAAGUGGCAGGUACUGAGGAUAUCCUGAAGUCAACCUUGCUCAUUUUGAAAAGAAGUGUUCUAUGAAAAAGCAUUUAUUUUCUAGCAUGCAUGUCUAGUUAAAAAUACUAACCAACUAAAUAAAUAUUAAAGGCAUCAAAUUAAGACACUUGGAAGAAAUGACUCAGCUGAAUAUUGUUGAUAUGCUAAUUUAUAUAAUUAGCAGGG